AUGAAUGCAGCUGUUCGUUUAAAUCAAGUGAUUCUGGAAUAUUCAACAGAAAGUCAAUUAGUUUUGCUUUCAUUACCAAAACCACCAAAAUCGAUUCAAUCUUUAGUAGAGAAUUACUUAGCCUAUGUUGAAGCUUUAACUGAAGGUCUUCCAAGAAUAAUGUUAAUUGGAGGUUCUGGUAAAGAAGUUAUUACUGCUGAUUCUUAAGAUUUUGAAUAAUUUUUUAUAUGAAUCUUUUAUUUACUACAAUCGAACCUCACUAUUGGAUAUCCCCCUUAUAUUAGAUAGACAACAGGGGUGUGCCAGUUUCGCAAUUGCUGGUGACCUGUUAUAUUUUCCCUGUAGUGGCUCAAAUACACUUAUUUUAUUCUUUAUUAGAAACACCAGAGGCAAGAAUUAACCGGCCGUCAACAACUCUUUAUACUGCC